CUCACUUUGUGUAGGUGUGUUGGACUCGCUCUGGGCCGUGCGUGUACCAAGUGUCACUGACUUCUCUCCAGCGCAGGAAGAAACCUCUUCAUCGUGACAUUAAAGCACUAACACAGGCGCACGUCAGCUGUAAUUUCGAUUUGAGCUCCCGACCCGAGUAGGGCAUAUAAUUUGUUUGCCAGAUUGAUUUAGUGUUGUUAGUGGCGAGUUCUCAGAUUAAGAGGAUGUUUGUCAGAGAGAAAUACAAGCUAAACUGUGAUUGAGGUCAGAAGUGGUUUGAUUAAUUGCAGUUUUGUUCAAAGUUCUAGGUGUUUAUUCAUUCAUAGUGGUGUCUGCUCUUAUCCUUGGUGUGCUCGUUGGGAACCGAACCCGCGACCCUCCGGUUUGUAGCACAGUGCCUCAGCGUGCCCCGUGUUAGUGUUCCACGUGCGAUUGCAAAAUUGUUGAUGGCUUAAACCAUGUAGAGAUUGACAAAUGUUUGUAAAGUGCUUCGCCCCCUCACAGCCCGUGUGACUUGCUGAAACCACCCACAGUGUUUGUUUCUGUAAGCGGACAAGCUAACGGGAGUCUCAAAACUUAAUUCACGAUGGAUCUGUGGUUCUGUGAAAAUGCACGAAACGGGUCGACAGCUGUGAACGCUUCUUGGUCCUCGGCAAGAUGGCAUCUGCAGGAAGAUGUCUGCCAUGCGGAUGUGCUGAAUAUCGUCACAUCAUUUUGUACUGGCUGUGUUGCUGUGGCCACAAACAUAUUCUUCCGCACCGGCAAUCGCAGAUGGCUCCCAGGGCGGCCCCAGCGGGGGCUCAGCACGCUGAGGGAGCUGUUGUCACUGCUGUUGCUGCUAGUAUAUCUGGUUGAGCUGGGUGACGCUUUGCUGGGACGCUGGGCGCUUCAUGCUCUCCUCACCCCCGUCGCGUCCCUGCUGGCCUGGGCAGCGUGGCUGCCCCUGCAUCGGGUACCCGACGGCUGGACUCUGCGCGCUCUGGGGUCGGUGUGCUGGCUUGCGGCUGGAGCCUGUAGGCUGCACCGCAUGGCACAACUGGUUAACCUGCCACUCGACUGGGGCCACAUGCGCCCUCAUGCGGCGGCGUGGUCUGGGGCCCUCUGCCUAGCCAUGUUCACAGUCGAGGUGUACUCCACCUGCCGGGCGAUUUGUGACAGAGAAAGGAAAUGGGAAGUGGGAGACAGUGCAGACAACACUGAGACUGAACAGAGCUACAAAUAUGACAAGGCCAACCUCUAUUCCAAGGCAACAUUUUUCUGGCUGACACCGCUGUUGUGGGUGGGCUACACCAGCCCUCUGGAGCUGGAAGACAUGGGAGAUCUACCCAAGGAGGAGGAAACUGAGCAUCAGUUUAAGAAAUUUAAUGACAUCUAUACAAGUGAAAGGGUUGCUGCAGGAAGGGAAGGACGCCGAGUGUCACUGUGGUGGUGUUACUUUCGUAGCUGCUGGAAACUCUUUGCACUUGGAGGACUUUUCAAGCUGAUGGGUGACUGUGUUGGUUUUGUGGGCCCCCUUGGGAUCUCUGUAGUAAUAAGCUAUGUGAAUAUUUUGAGAAAUCCAGCCACAGUUCAGCCAGAAUAUCCCACUAUAUCAGAGUUCCUGAGCAAUGGAUAUGUAAUGGGUGCAAUUGUGUUUGUGGCAGCAUUGGCUCAAGGGACAUUCUCACAGAGUUCAACACAUCUUGUGAAUGUUGAGGGUAUUCGUCUCAAGGUAGCUCUGCAGGCCCUGGUGUACGACAAAGCCCUGCGAUUGUGUGUAUGGAACAUUGAUGAUCACAAGGAAGACUUGGCAUCACAUCAUGAAGAUGAAAAACUUGAGAAGAUCAAUGGAUUGCCUGGAAGUAAGAGAGUGAUAGGACCUGAAUGUCACUCAGUGAAAAGCAAGGCAGGUUUCUCCACAGACAUGGGAACCAUUAGCAACCUCAUGUCUGAGGAUGCAUACAGUGUCAUGUCAUUCUUCUGGAUUGGUCACUAUAUCUGGGCUAUCCCACUCAAGAUUGGUGUGCUCAUGUACUUGCUGUACCAGAAGCUUGGUGUGAGUGCCAUAAUUGGAGCAGCCUGCUGCAUCGUCACUAUGACUCCUCUCCAGUUUCUCAUUGGCAAGAAAAUGUCUACCAACUCAAAAGCAAUUACUGAUGUGAGUGAUGAACGACUGCGCCAGAUGAAUGAGGUACUUCAAGGAAUCCGUCUUCUCAAACUGUAUGGGUGGGAAUGCUUGUAUGGGGAUCAAAUCUUGCAUACACGCGCCAAAGAGCUCAGACUGUUGGACAAGGAUUCCUUCUACUGGGCUAUAAUGACAUUUUUGACCCAUGCUUCUUCAAUUCUGGUGACCCUGGUGACAUUUGGCCUACAUUUUCUGAUAGAAGGAAACUCACUCACACCUGAAAAUGUCUUCUCUGGCCUUGCACUGUUCAACCAGCUGACUGUGCCACUCUUCAUCUUCCCCAUAACAGUGCCGAUAAUCAUCAGUGCCUUGGUGAGCACUCGGCGUCUGGAGAAAUUUAUGGAACUGCCUGAAACCUGUAGUGUAAUUCCAGUAUACUCUGAUUCAGAUCAGCAGCCAGAAGCAGAAACAGCUAUUCAGGAGGAAAUUGUUGUGAAGGAGACUUUGCCACUGACUGGGGACAGUGAGAAUGCUGGCAAGGUUCGGACUGAGCGAGCUGACAGUGUAUUUGGACUUGGAGAUAUCUUGGAACAAGAACCAGAAAAUGAAGUGUCUCUUGAUGAUGCUGAAGGGGAAGAUACACAUGUUCAGAAUAUACAGACCUCUGAGGCUGAAGUGGAUGUAGCAGUUGCCGUGGAAGGGGGCAAAUUCUCCUGGAGUGCAGACUCUGGGAAACCUACACUCAGCAUUUCGAACGUUGUAUUUCCGUCAGGGAAGUUGACAAUAAUUGUAGGACGUGUGGGCAGUGGGAAGACAUCUUUUCUCUCUGCUCUGUUGGGGGAAAUGUACAGACUUGAAGGAAGGGUCAGAUGGGCCAGUGGUUCUGUGAUUGGAUAUGCUUCACAGAAGCCCUGGGUUUUGAAUACUACCUUAAGGGAAAACAUCUUGUUUGGGCAGCCAUUUCGACCUCGCCGAUAUGGACGUGUCAUUGCAGCCUGUUCCCUGCAGCCUGAUAUCGAUAUUUUGCCAGGCAAAGAUCUCAUAGAGAUUGGGGAGAAAGGUAUCAAUCUGUCAGGUGGACAGAAGCAGCGAGUAUCAGUGGCCCGUGCUCUCUAUUCUCAGGCCAAUGUUGUUAUCCUGGAUGACCCCCUAUCGGCUCUGGAUUACCAAGUGGGGCAGAAAGUUUUUGAUUCCGGAAUCAGACGAAUGCUUCUGAGGGAGAAGAGAACUGUAAUUCUUGUGACACAUCGUCUUCAGCUGCUUGCGCAUGCACACCAGAUCAUUGCCCUGGAAGGCGGGGCUGUGAGGGCCCAAGGAUCCCUGGCAGAGAUUGAGGCAAGUGACCGAGAGCUUGUUCACAUAUGGCGAACCACAGUGUCACGGGAGGCUUUGGAAGAAAAGAGGAAUGCUCGUGGUGAGGCAGCUCGUGAACGCUGGCAGCUGCUGAGACUUGUGUCUCGCAUUGGAAUGCAGCUCAAGCAACGCAACAUUGUGGAUGGAACCUGGCAGACAGAUGAAGAGGCUCAUGUAAUGCGGCCAGCAUUCCUCCCACUCCGUCGGCGCCGAGGCACAUUCUCUGGAUCCCGUUACUUUACCCAUGAUUUACUGUUACCAACGGAUGAGUGUGAGGAAGAGUUCUUGGAACAGGCUGGGCGAACAAGUGGUGGAAGUGGACGUUCAUCACAGCGCCGCCGGAGCAGAGCUGCCACAACUACAGAGGCACCCAGUGUAGCACAACAACAGUCUGCUCUUCUGCGGGCCUCAUCUCUUCAGGCAGGUCGCACUACAGUGCAUGGUGACACUUACAUCAAACGAAACUUGCGCUCAUCCACUAUAGUACGACAGCGUUCAUCUCAAAAUAUAGAGAACUCACAGACCUCACCAGACAUAAAUCGCAGGCACCGAGCAUUUACAGGCUUGGAUAACCCUAGCCAGCCAGGGAGUUUGCUACGCCAUAUUUUCUCCAUCCACUCACAAAGGUCAGGCAACAUUGCAACAUCUGCAGUGUCAGAUCAUGAGCAGCUGAAACGACUUCCCUCUACUUCAUCUGCUGUGAGUGAUGACAUAGACGAUGAUGAGCCAUACAGUGAAGUAGGGGAUGCUAUUGCUGGACGACUGGUCACAGAUGAGCGGGAGUAUGGGAAGAUUCCCAAAAGGAUUUAUCUCGAUUACCUGCAGGCAUGUUCAGUCUGGUUGGGUACAAGUUACCUUGUGUCUGCAUUUGGCUGGCAGGGUCUUCGUGUCUACACAGAUUACUGGCUCAACCAAUGGACAAACAGUGGGAACAGUACUGGGGCAAACAGCACUGUGUCUCAUACACCAGAGUAUGAGAUGACAUACUACCUGCUAGUCUAUGGAGCACUCUCUGUGGCAUCUGUUCUGCUGUCCUUUUCAUCAAACGGCAUUGGUCAGUAUGCAGGAGCAAGAGCUCGACAAAUACUCCAUGAGAGUAUGUUACGCAAUAUUCUUCACUGUCCAGUGCGCUUCUUUGAAUGUACUCCCAUUGGACGUAUCAUUAACCGCUUUUCUGCUGACAUGAGUGUCAUUGAUAAGAAAAUUGCAACGUCUAUUCAGAGACUGCUCCAGUUCCUGCUGCUCUGCUUCUCAGCAAUUGUGUUGAAUGCAGUGGUGACUCCAUGGUUCCUUAUUGUUGCUGUUCCCAUCUGUAUAGUGUACUAUGUGAUGCAGCAUUUCUAUAGAUGCUCAUCAAGGGAAUUGCAACGGCUGGACAGCAUCACAAGAUCACCAAUACUGUCACACUUCUCGGAGACGCUGUGCGGUCUCACCACUAUCCGUGCCUUUGGUCAGCAGAGGCGCUUCAGAAGCCUCCUGUUCAGCAGGACUGAUGCUCACACCAGCGCAUUUCUCAUUAUGAACAGCAGCAACAGGUGGCUUGGCAUUGCUCUGGACUACCUUGGUGGUGUGAUAGUGUUCAUGUCGGUAGUAGCAGCUCUGCUGACAGUGAAAACAUAUCCAGAUGUCACCCCUUCACUUGUAGGACUGGCAGUGAACUACACAUUGCUGGUACCUAUCUACCUGAACUGGGUAGUGAAGUUCCUAGCAGACAUGGAGAUGUACAUGGGUGCAGUGGAGAGGGUUCAGCAAUAUGCUCUUACCCCCACGGAGGACUAUCGUCUACAAGGGAUCACAGUACCGAGAGCCUGGCCUCAGAAGGGCAACAUUGUCUUCAAGGAUGUAUCCUUGCGUUACGAUAGAAGUCGAGAACCAGUAAUCUCUAAUCUAAAUCUGCAUAUACCAGCUGGACAGAAGGUUGGGAUCUGUGGACGAACCGGCAGUGGGAAGUCUUCACUUGUGAUGUCGCUGUUUCAUAUGGUGGACGUAUUUGAAGGGAAGAUUCUUAUUGAUGAUAUCGACACCAAGCUGGUCCCACUGCAGGUCCUUAGGUCUCGCCUGUCUGUUAUCCCACAGGAUGUCAUCAUGUUCAGUGGGACCAUCAGAGAGAAUUUGGAUCCUCAGUCUGUGUAUACAGACAUGGAACUUUGGAAGAGUUUGGAACUGGCUCAACUGAAAGAUGCUGUUAGCUCUCUUCCCGGAUGUUUAGAUGCAGAAGUACGAGAAGGUGGGGGCAAUCUUAGUGCAGGUGAGCGACAGUUAUUCUGCCUUGCUCGGGCCAUCCUUCACAAUGCUGCAUGCCUGGUGAUGGAUGAAGCCACUAGUUCCGUGGAUCCCAGUACUGAAAAGGCAUUACUGGCAGCUGCUACAAGGGCAUUUGCUGGGAAGACGGUCAUUACAAUUGCACAUCGUCUGUCCACAAUACUGGAUUAUGAUCGCAUUCUGGUGUUGGAGUCUGGGAGAAUCAUGGAAGAUGGAACUCCUGCCCAGCUGCUGCAACGCUCUAUGGGUAUUUUCUCGUCCAUGUUGCGGGCAUCACAAGAAGGGGCCCCUUUUACAAAAAAUGGACAGGAUUCACAAAGGGUUGUAAAUUACAAAAGAGUGGAAGGGAAAAAUGACAGCUGCUGCUGCUGCUUGGUUGUCUUCUUUGUGACGUGCGUAGUGCGUUCUUCAUUCUUUCAGCGUACAAUUGCCUCUUCAUGUGACGACACAAUGACAUUAAAAAAGUGGCAUAUAUUCGGUGGCAAAGGGAAGUUCAAGCUGUGUACUCCGGUGGCUGGGACAUCGGUCGUAGAAGUUUACAAGAAAUCUGAAGGCUACCCGCUGCAGCUGAAUGGCCAUGCGUCAGAGACAAGCGAGCCGAUUCCUCCUGCUUCCCUCUGCACUACCGCAGAAGAUCAGCCAGCUGUAUCCAAGAAGUCGGAUGGUACUCCCGAUACUGAGCAACACGACAGCGCGCACAACGAAGAACAGCAUUCCCUUCCCAACCAGAGGAGGGACGAGGUGUCGGCCGAAGUGCCCAAGUUGGGAGUAUCUGGCGAGAGUCACCGCGCCACGGACUUCGAGACUCCCACCUUCGAGAAGAACAAAGCUACACAAGAGUUGAUUAGGAGAGCGAUCUUGGAAAAUGACUUCCUGAAGAAUUUGGAUCAGGGGCAGAUACAAGCUGUUGUAGAGGCAAUGUAUGCCAAGGAAUAUGAAGCAAACCAAAAUGUCAUUACUGAAGGAGAAACAGGAUCGCACCUUUUUGUGUCAGCUGAGGGAGAAUUUGAAGUAUUUGUGGGUACUAAGAAAGUUCUCAACUUUGGGCCAGGGAGGGCAUUUGGUGAGCUUGCAAUACUCUACAACACCAAGCGCAAUGCUACCAUCCGAGUUGUGACCAAUGCCAAAGUGUGGGUGCUCAACAGGCAAGUGUUUCAGCAAAUAAUGAUGCGCACCCGUCUUCAAGACAUUGAAGACAAGGUCAAGUUCCUGCGCAGCCAUCCACUCCUCAAGGACCUCAGCACAGGAAUCCUUGCUAAGAUGUCCGAUCUUCUACAAGUGGAGUUCUUCCCACCCGGACAGCGUAUCAUACAACAAGGCGACAAGGGUGACAAGUUCUACAUAAUCAGUGGUGGAAAUGUGAAGAUAACCAAAAAGGAGCCAGGAGAUGAUAAGGAACGUGAAGUGGGAACACUUUCGCAUGGCAAAUACUUUGGUGAACUUGCGCUGCUGAAGGAGGACACACGGCAAGCUACUGUAACAGCGAUGCCACCUGGUGCUGAAUGUCUUGUCCUUGACCGAGGUCCAUUCAUCCAGUUACUGGGAGGCUUGAAAGAAAUAAGGGACAUUGCCGAUGAGUACAGCAACAGGAAAAGAGAAUCAUAUGACCUCACACAGCAGAAUGCCAAAUUAGAAUAUGAAUAUAUUGAGUUGCACGAGCUGAAUGUAGUGGGAACACUUGGAGUGGGAGGAUUUGGGCGAGUGGAGCUUGUGCAGUACCACAAGGACAAGAACCUCACAUUUGCACUCAAAUGCCUGAAGAAGAGUUAUGUUGUAGAACAGCAACAGGAGGAGCAUGCUUACAAUGAGAAGACAGUCAUGCUGGCCUGCUCAGAUUGCCCAUUCAUAUCCAAAUUGUAUCGCACAUAUCGUGACAAUAAGUACAUUUACUUCCUAAUGGAAGCCUGCCUGGGUGGAGAUGUGUUCACAGUCUUGCAGAAGUACAGGUUCUUUGAUGAGGAUAUAGCCCGCUUCAUGACAGGGUGUGUCGUGGAGGCACUGCACUAUCUUCAUGACAGGGGCUACAUUUAUCGUGACCUUAAGCCAGAGAACCUACUAUUGGACCAUAAGGGUUAUGUCAAAAUGAUUGAUUUUGGGUUUGCAAAACGGGUUGGUAAGAGUGGAAAAACUUGGACAUUUGCUGGAACACCAGAAUAUGUGGCACCUGAGAUUAUUUUGAACAAAGGACAUGAUCGAGCUGUGGACUACUGGGCACUAGGCGUGUUCAUACAUGAACUGAUCACUGGAAGACCACCAUUCCGGGGCAAAGACCACAUGCAGACUUAUAAUCUAAUCCUCAAAGGCAUUGAGGCAGUGCAUUUUCCAAAGCAUGUGACAAAGGGAGCACAGAAUUUAGUGCGCAGAUUAUGUCGUGCUGUUGCCACUGAGAGGCUUGGAUAUCAGAAAGCUGGAGUUCAGGAUAUCAAAAAUCACAGGUGGUUCCAAGGUUUUAACUGGGAAGCACUCCGGAACCGGAAAAUACUGGCCCCUGUCAUCCGACCUAUCCAUGGGCCAACAGAUCUCGGUAAUUUUGAAAAAUUUCCCAAAGAAAAAUAUGUUCCACCAGAUGAGACCUCUGGCUGGGACAAGGACUUCUAAAAACUCUAAAAUCCUUUUAUUACUCAUCAGUGAAUUGUUGCAGAUGGUGAAUAAUUCUAAAGUCAAAUCUGUAUAUGUUGUUUUGACACUGGACAUGUAUGCAUGAAUGCAGAAAUAUUUAUUUAAAUCUGAACUUCAUACUAGGCAGAAUAAAAAUGGUUUCAUGA